AAUUACUUAGAAGGUUCUACUUGAGUAAAACCUUUAGAUUGUGGAAUAAGAUAGAAAGCUGCCUCUUUCGAAAGAGAAGCAACGGGAUUCGUGGAGAAAGUUUUUGAUCUGUGGGUAAAAUCCUUUGUUGGAAUGGAAGGGCUUCCCCGUGGAGUGCGAUCUUUAUUUAUUUGGCAGAAAUGGGUUUCUGAAUGGAUGGUCUGACCUGCGGUUGAGGACAAGCUGUGGGAUUGGAGGCUGGGCAGUGGCAGCAUCUUACAGAACUAGUCUGGUGCACACAACUUUGUCUGCUGGGAGGUGUGAGAGAUCAGUGGUUGCAACCCAGGGGACCUGUGGGCACUCUUUCCCUAUGAAGACCUCCCCAAGCCUCUGAGACCUGGGGACCCUUGAAGGUUUGGGAGCUCUAUGGGGUCUUGUUGCAUUGCAGAGGCUUGAGAUGACUUCAGCUCUAUCAUGAUGCAGAGGGACAUGUGUGCCCACAGGCUGUGAGGCCUCCUGGGGCAGAGCAUGCAGGAGGUGCAGGAAGAGAGAGCAACAGCAUACUUCAGCAAGAGAGAGUGUGCCAAGAAGGAGAGACCCAGCAGCAGUACCUGUGCCAAGGCCACGCCCACACCCAGUCCUAUGCCCAGCCCACACCAGCACUUGACUCUACCCUCCGCCUCUCUGGGAUCUACGUCAAUGCAUUCCAGCAAUCGCAAAGUGAGGAACUCCCCAUCAGGAAGCACUCAGAGCAGUCCAAAAUCCAAACAGGAGGCUGUGGUGCGGUCACCCACAGUGAUGUCUCCUUCCAGCGCUGCCCAAAUGGACUCCAAACUGUCCAAUCAGGGAAAGCAAGGGGGUACUGGUGGCCAGUCACAGCCAUCCCCCUGUGACCCUAAGAUGCUGAUUAGUUGCCACACCCCCAAAGGGCUGCAGGGCACGGUGGGUGGCCUGGGACUCAAAAAUGGACAGGGCCUGAACUCAGGUGGAGGGGCAAAGGGCAAGCUGAAAAGGGAAAGAAGUACCUCUGUGGAGUCUUUUGAUAAGUGGGAUGCAGGGACACUUGCAAACGGAGCGGAACGGAAAGACUUGGGCUGCCGGGCAAAGCGGAUGUGUGUUGCUGAGCGACGGCAGCCUUACAGUGGGAUGGACUGGUGCUCAGGGGCUGAAAGUGACGAGGACGACUCCCAUUUCUUCAGCUCUCACUCCAGUGAUGUGAAGGACUCCAGCUCCCUCCCUCCUUCCAGCGCUGGACUCAGUCAGUCCUCCACACCUUCCCACAAUGCUGCAGGGGUACAGAGUUCCAUCCCUGAUUCAGCCAGCAGCCAGAAACCUCCCUCAAAAUUUGUUUACGUCUUCACUACAGAGAUGGCUAAUAAGGCUGCAGAAGCAGUCACCACCGGCCACGCCCAAACCAUAAUUGCCUACCACAUGAAGAACAUCUCUGACAGCAAGGGAGACAAGCCCUACUUUCCAGGGAACAAUCAGGUUGGCCCCCUCCGAAAUGAACAGAAGCCCAUGCAGCACGCAGCCACACCCCCCCAGCAGCAGUCAUCUCACCCCCCCGAGCAGAACCACCAGCCAGCAUCCAAAGUGCCGGCCGUGGGCCAGCAGCAGUUGCCUCAGGGAGCCAAGCCAGGGAGCCUGCCCCCGGAUGGGGCUUCAUCGGGGGUCGUGGAUUCCAAGAGCCUGCCCAGCGGCAGUCCACACAGUGCCACGCUCCAGGACAGCAACAACAUCACAGGCACCCCAGAACCGCAGCCUGGCUUCCCUUUGAUGGAGAACCCUAAGGGGGGAGACCCCAAGGCAACAGCCCAACACCACCAGCAGCUGGCCAACGAAAUCAUGUCGAGUAUGGGGGACAACCCUGAGGGCCUGUCACAGGAGCAGCUGGAGCACCGGCAACGGUCACUGCAGACGCUGCGGGACAUCCAGCGCAUGCUCUUCCCUGACGAGAAGGAGUUUUCUCUCAAGGACAUGGCAGCCCUGGGGCAGGGCAACCCCAGCGCGGCCCCUCCCAACCCAGCUGCAAUGGAGGCUGUGCCCAGAAAACCUGACCAGGGCCCCCUCCAGGCCAUGAUGGCUCAGUCCCAGAGCCUGGGCAAACCAGGCACUGGCCCCCAAUCCAAGGGCCCCCCCUUCGGCCCACCCAGCCACCGAGACAUGCCAUUCUCUCCCGAGGAGCUGGUGCCCCCGCCACCUGGUACACCCAUGAACUCACACCCAGAGCCGGAGCAGGGGGAUCACAUGACACCGGAGCAGAUGGCCUGGCUCAAGCUGCAGCAGGAGUUCUACGAGGAGAAGAAGCGGAAACAGGAGCAGAUACAACACCGGCCCCUGCCUGACAUGAUGCUGCACCAGCAUGGGCCCCAAAGCAUAAUGCGUGGGCCCCCUCCGCCCUACCAAAUGAAUGUUGGCGAGGUAUGGGGGCCAGGGGUGCCCAAACCCUUCCCCGAGCAGAUGAACAUGGCCCAGGGAAUGCACCCCCCACACCACAUGCAGAGGAUGCCAGAAUUCCCAGGGAUGAUGAACCCAAACAUGGAAGGAGGCCCUAACUCCAUGGCCCGGCCUAGCAUGAGCUGGCCAGAAGACAUGGCCAAGAUGGGCGAUGGCCGGGGCUUUCCGUCCGGGCAGGGCGUGUUUGGUGGCCCAAGUGGGCGUGCAGAGAGGUCCCCCAAUCCCCAGGCUGUUCAGGAGGCCAUGUUCCAGCAGGGUAUGGCAGACAAGCAGCAGAUGGACCUUCCACCGGUGAUGGUGAUGGACAUGCACAGGAUGAUGGGAAACCAAAGACCCAUGGAUCCCAGCAGCAACAAUAGGGGUUUGGCCAUGUUCCCCAGGAUGCCAGGAGACGGCCCCAUGAGCCCCUCCUCCCGUAUGAAGGGGUUGGGGCGGGACAUGGGGGAGUUCGGCAUGGGCCCUGGGAACAUGGGUAUCGGGCCGCAACUGAUGUCCGUCAAAAUGCAGGAGCCACCCAUGAACAUGAGCCCAGAGGAGAUGAUGAAGAUGAGGCAGGGUGGAGGAGAAGGCAUGGGACCACAGCAGAAGCUGCUUCAGGGGCCCCCAUUGCCUGACCAGCCCCCACCAGGAGACUUCAACAUGGGGCCCAGCAGGCACUUCCCAGGCAUGCCCCAAGGGCCUGGCAACAUUAGGGGCCGCCAGGGUGAGCAGCCCUUUGGGCUGGAGCAAAGAACUAACAUGUGUGGCAAUGCCCGGCUCAGCCACAUGCCGCCACUACCUCCAAACCAGCCCCCCAAUCCCAGCAGCCUCAGCACAGGCCCGUCUCCCAACCAGAGAAAUCUGGGGCGCAAGCCGUCAGACCUGAACGUGCAGACGGGCCCUGUCAACUCGCCCAGUGCCAACCCUUUGCGGCAGGUGCAGUCGCCCAUGCUGGGCUCGCCCUCCGGGAACCUCAAGUCCCCCCAGACCCCCUCCCAGCUGGUGGGUAUUCUCACAGCCCCUCCAGCAGCCACCGCUUCUAUAAAGUCCCCGCCCAUGCUGGGCUCAGCUGGAGCCUCCCCCAUACAGCUCAAGUCCCCCUCACUCCCUGCCCCCUCACCCAGCUGGACAUCAUCCCCCAAGCCCCCCUUGCAAAGCCCGGGGAUCCCACAGAACAGUAAGCCUCCCCUCAGCAUAACCUCACCAAACAUGAUGGGCAGUGUAGAGCAAGGUGGGAAUGACCCCCCCUCUAGUAAUUCCUCAGGCCCCCCAGGCUCCAUGAACCUCCCAGGAAGCCUUCCAUCUGGCAGCCCCUACGCCAUCCCCCCCGAGCCCACGCUAUCCCAGAAUCCCCUCUCCAUUAUGAUGUCACGCAUGUCCAAGUUUGCCAUGCCCAGCUCUACACCGCUCUAUCACGACGCCAUCAAGACAGCGGCCAGCUCCGAUGAUGACUCACCACCCGCCCACUCACCGAGCCUGCCCUCCCUCAGUAAUAACAUGCCAGGUAUGGGAAUGAAUCACCACCCAGGCCACCCUCGUAUGAUAGCGCCAAACCCCAUGGGACACUCUCUCAGCUCCAUGGGCAUGAACGCCGUGGGCUCUCAGCCCCUCUCACACGGCACGUCUUCCAUGCCCUCACCCAGCCCCUUGGGCCCCAGCAUACCCCCUCACUCGGGCCUGGUGCCACAUGGCAUGAUGAUGUCCCCCAGCUCCCAGGACCCCGGGAUGGGAAACUCCCAGAUGAUACCUCAGCAAAUGGAUUUCCCCCUCCGGCAGCAGAACUUUCCCCCAGGGCAGUCCCCCCCUCAGCAGGUCCCCUACUCACACAAUGGGCCUGGCCCGCAGGGCGGCUUCCAGCACAGCAUGGGCUUCCUGGGGGAGGGAGGCCCCAUGGGCCGACUGAAUAGCAUGCCCCACGGUCCUGGAGGGGAUCCGGGGAUGUGUAAGCCCAACGCCCCUGGCACCCAGGAGCCCUUCAACAACAUGCCAGGCAUGUUCAACAACUCUAACCUGCACGAGGUGAUCCAACCCGGUGCCUCAGGCAUCCCGGAGUUCGACCUGUCCCGGACCAUCCCAUCUCAAAAGCCCAGCCAGACUUUGUCGUACUUCCCCCGUGGCAAGCCCCCUCAUCCCUCAAGCUUCCCCCAGAUGCAGGGUAUGGUGGGAGAGGGGAACCCCAGGACGGGCCUCCCCAUUCCUGGGAUGGGUGCCCUGCCGGGCCCUGUUCACAUGGGCCUGCAAGACAUGCCCAUGGGCAACCCAGGCCACGGCACCAUGCGGCCAACGGGCUUCAUGCCCCAGGGUAUGAUGGGACCUCAGCACCGGAUGCUGUCUCCGGGCCAGUCUGGCAUGAUGGGCGGAGCCGGGAUGAUGCAGGGCAAAGAGAGGGGCCCCCUGUACAACCACCCAGGGCCCGUGGCCUCGCCCAACAUGAUGAUGUCACUACACGGGAUGAGUGGCCCUCAGCAGACUAUGAUGAUGCCUCCUCAGAUGAGGCCCCGUGGCAUUGCAACAGACGUGGGCCUGGGCUUUGCCCCCGGCCCCAGCAACCCAGGGAAUAUAAUGUUGUAAGCUGUUGAGUACAAACAAAAUACACCAAAAGGGGGCAAGAAUCAUCAGCUGAGGAAUGGAAGAAUUAUUAUUAACAAACACAUGUAAUUGGGAGGAUAGGAGAAGUAAGGAUGGCUUGCACACAUACCUGCAUGUGAAAUGUGGCGAAUCCCCUUUCAUCUUGCAGGGGACAGGGGAGUGGCCCUCCCACCA